CAUUCGUUCUUCUGCCGCCUGACGGAAGAUAAGAAGUCUGAAAAGUUCUUCAAGGUUUUUUAUGAUCGCAUGAAAGUGGCGCAGCAAGAGAUCAAGGCUACUGUCACAGUCAAUACUAGUGACUUAGGAAAUAAAAAGAAAGAUGAAGACUCAGACAGAGAUGUACCAAGCAGGAAAAGAGUGAGGGAGCCUAUGACCCAGAUCACCGAGGAGGUCCGGGAUCAGUUGCUGGAGGCCUCUGCGGCCACCAGGAAGGCUUACAACGCUUACCGGAGAGAGGCCGAUCCCGACGACCAUUACUCAGCAGGAGAAGGAGCUCAGGCUGCAGCAGACAAGAGCAAAGAUGAGCUGGAGAUGAGUGCUGUGAUCUCCAUCAUGCAGCCCAUCCUCCGGUUCUUGCAGCUGCUCUGUGAGAACCACAACCGGGAUCUGCAGAAUUUCCUUCGCUGCCAGAACAACAAGACCAACUACAACUUGGUGUGUGAGACACUGCAGUUUCUGGACUGUAUCUGUGGAAGCACAACUGGUGGACUUGGACUUCUUGGUCUCUACAUAAAUGAGAAGAACGUUGCACUCAUCAACCAGACGCUGGAAAGUUUGACUGAGUACUGCCAGGGGCCUUGCCACGAGAACCAGAACUGCAUUGCUACUCACGAGUCCAAUGGCAUUGACAUCAUCACAGCAUUAAUUCUCAAUGACAUCAACCCUUUGGGAAAGAAGAGGAUGGACCUUGUGCUGGAACUGAAGAACAAUGCCUCAAAACUGCUCUUGGCCAUCAUGGAGAGCAGGCACGACAGUGAGAACGCAGAGAGGAUCCUCUACAACAUGAGGCCUAAAGAGCUGGUGGAAGUGAUAAAGAAAGCUUAUAUGCAAGGAGAAGUAGAAUUCGAGGAUGGAGAGAAUGGGGAAGAUGUUGCAGCAUCUCCAAGGAACGUGGGACACAACAUUUAUAUAUUAGCUCAUCAGUUGGCUCGUCACAACAAAGAGCUGCAGAACAUGCUGAAGCCAGGAGGUCAGAUCGAGGGGGACGAGGCUCUGGAGUUCUACGCCAAGCACACUGCACAGAUCGAGAUUGUCAGGUCAGACCGUACCAUGGAGCAAAUCGUCUUCCCCGUGCCCAGCAUCUGUGAGUUCCUCACCAAGGAGUCCAAGCUGCGGAUAUAUUACACCACAGAGAGGGAUGAACAAGGCAGCAAGAUCAACGACUUCUUCCUGAAAUCAGAAGACCUCUUUAAUGAGAUGAACUGGCAGAAGAAAUUGCGAGCUCAGCCUUUUCUAUACUGGUGUGCUCGCAACAUGUCCUUCUGGAGCAGUAUUUCCUUUAACCUGGCUGUCCUUAUGAACCUGCUUGUGGCAUUUUUCUACCCAUUCAAAGGAAUUCGAGGAGGAACACUGGAGCCCCACUUGUCAGGCUUGCUGUGGACAGCCAUGCUCAUCUCCCUGGCCAUCGUUAUCGCGCUCCCGAAGCCCCACGGCAUCCGAGCCUUAAUCGCCUCCACAAUAUUGAGACUAAUAUUUUCAGUUGGUUUACAACCUACUUUAUUUCUUCUGGGUGCAUUCAACGUUUGUAAUAAAAUAAUUUUUCUGAUGAGCUUUGUGGGUAACUGUGGAACCUUCACUAGAGGAUACAAGGCGAUGAUCAUGGACGUGGAGUUUCUGUACCACCUGCUGUACCUUCUGAUCUGUGCUCUGGGGCUCUUCGUACAUGAGUUCUUCUACAGUUUGUUGCUCUUUGACCUGGUGUACCGGGAGGAGACCUUGCUGAACGUCAUCAAGAGCGUCACCCGCAACGGGCGCUCCAUCAUCCUCACCGCCGUGCUCGCCCUCAUCCUGGUCUACCUGUUCUCCAUAGUGGGCUACCUCUUCUUCAAAGAUGACUUCAUCCUGGAAGUGGACAAGCUCCCCAACGAAACGUUACUGCCAGAUCGCACAGAACCAGGUGAGACCAUGACUGGGGAGUUUCUCUAUUCAGAUGUAUGCAAAGCAGGGAGCAGUGAAAACUGUUCUUCAAUCAUCCCUUCAGACCAAGUGAUUGCUGAAGAAAUGGAGGAAGAGAAUAAAGAGCAUACGUGCGAGACGUUGCUGAUGUGCAUUGUUACUGUACUGAGUCACGGGCUCCGGAGUGGGGGUGGAGUAGGUGAUGUGCUCAGGAAACCAUCCAAGGAGGAACCUCUCUUUGCUGCUAGAGUGAUAUACGAUCUGUUAUUCUUCUUCAUGGUCAUCAUUAUUGUCCUUAACCUGAUUUUUGGUGUGAUCAUUGACACGUUUGCUGAUUUAAGGAGUGAAAAGCAGAAGAAAGAAGAAAUUUUAAAAACUACUUGCUUUAUUUGUGGUUUGGAAAGAGAUAAGUUUGAUAACAAGACAGUCACGUUUGAAGAGCACAUUAAAGAAGAGCACAACAUGUGGCAUUAUUUGUGCUUUAUUGUCUUGGUGAAAGUAAAAGACUCAACAGAAUAUACAGGACCAGAAAGUUACGUGGCAGAAAUGAUCAAGGAGAGAAACCUGGACUGGUUCCCCCGCAUGCGUGCCAUGUCCCUCGUCAGCAGCGACUCGGAGGGGGAGCAGAACGAGCUGAGGAACUUGCAGGAGAAGUUGGAGUCCACCAUGAAGCUUGUGACCAACCUCUCUGGCCAGCUCUCGGAGCUUAAAGAUCAGAUGACGGAGCAGAGGAAGCAGAAGCAGCGCAUCGGCCUCCUCGGCCACCCUCCGCCCGUCAGCGUCAACCCCCAGCAACCGGCCUAAGUCAGGAGGGUCCCUGGCCCCUCGUGCUCACCCAGAGUUCAGACCCGACCACUGAGGCUGCUUCUGUGUACGUUUGGUCCAUCCUGUACAUAUCCUGUUUUUAUACUGUAUGUAUAUGACUGCUACUAGAUCAAGUUUUGGGCAUAGGUAUUGUAACGAGACCUGUCGGCACGGGACAGAGGUUCGACUUUGUGCCAAAACUAUCAAAAUUGCCUUUUUCUUGGAAGGACUAAAGAGAGCACCUGAAUUGCACUUGAAAAGAAAUCUUUGACUAUGUGACAUGUAUUUUGUAUUUAAAAAAAAAAAAAAAAGAAAAUAGAAUAGCUAGUAUUUAUGUUUUUAUACAAUUGUGCAAUAUGAAUUAUGCAAUCACAAUAUAUUUGUAACUCCUGAAUGUCCCCAAAGGGAGUGCACAUCUUUGGUGUGUUAAGUACAAUGUAAUAAAUGGUAUAAAAUUACAGGUGUAAAUGAGGCUGCUGCAAAAUUGUGUAACUGGUGAUUUUUUCAUACCCUUGGACAUUUUUUUGUACCAUGUGUGUAAAUAUCUUGCGAUGCCAUAUCUGUUGCCUCUUCCUCCCAGAGAUAACCCUGGGAAUCCGUGAGCUGGUAAAUUGGUAUCAAUUAAAGCAAAACGUGACUCGGGAGCUUCCACACAAGGAAAGCAGGAGGUGUUUUUCAAGUGACUUCUUCAAAGUACCGAGGCUAGAAGAGCUCAGGUACCAGGUUUGUUUUUUUUUUAAACGCUGAGAUUUCUUAAAGGGAACUUUUUAUGCAAAAGGAAAGUUUAGGAUGAGGAUGCUCUACUGGUGAGUGGGUGCAGUCUCCUACGGGCAUUUCCUGCCACGACACCUAGAACCCAUCUCGAGGCUGCCCAGGCUUUGCCUUCUCAGUGGGUAGGAUCCUUUCCUUUUAUUUUUCCAUUGGAGCCCUACGUGCCUGCUGCAGCCGUGGCACCGACGGAGCCGUGACCUGUCCCGCCAGGACAGGCCAAGCACUGACCUGUAAUGCUUGUGAGGGAGCCACUGGUUUGAGGUCGGUCUGUCCCACCCCUUCCUCUCCCUCUCCCCCUCCAUUUUCAGUCACUUUCUUCAAUUUCUGAUACUAGAGAGUAUGAAAGGAAAACUUGGUUGGUUUGGUUUUUUUUUCUCUCUCCAAUCCGUUGCAUAGUUUUAUACAUGGACCUCAUUUUACAGAAGCUAACUUCUCUGCAAUACUGUCUACAAAAAAAAGAAAAGGCCAAAAAAAAAAGAGCUACAAACAGAGCUAUGAAAAUUUGUAAAUGCAUAAAUAUAAGUAUUUAAAUAAAUGAUGCAAAAU